GUUGAUGUUGUCGCGCGCGCGCCGCUCUCUCAUCUCGAGAAUAAGGCUACGUUUAUUUGCUUGCACAGUACGUCUUCCAUGACUCGACGUUGAAUUAAAGUGGUAUUGAGAUUUUUUGGUUACGCUCGGCGAAAAGUUUGUACAUUUCGUGGCUCAAUCGUUACCAUUCGAUUAAGCGUUUAUUGGAGUAUCGACCUACUUGCCAGCAUCGUCUGGGUGGGCCAAGGCCGUCGAGCUUCGCCCUGUCGACAAUGUCCAACCAAAGAGUUCGAUACAUGAAGAGUUUAGCGAGACGGAUCUUAAUUGAGAAUCGGAAAAGAUGCAGGCUGAAACGGAAGGUAUAUGUGCUAUCGACGAUUUUGACACUACUCUGAUUCCGGUGGAAAUCUUACCUUGCGAUGUGACACCAAGAACUAGAGGAACGGAUGCUCUAUCCAUUGUUGAGCUAGGUAAACAGUUAUUACAUAGCGCUAAAAAUGGAGAUACAGAACUUGUCCGUGAUCUCAUGUGUAGAGGCGCGCCGUUCACAACAGACUGGCUCGGGACAAGCGCCCUACAUUUUGCUGCGCAAAACAAUCAUACGGAAACAGCUGAAGUACUAUUGAGAGCAGGAAUAUCCAGAGAUGCAAGAACCAAAGUUGAUAGAACACCAUUACACAUGGCUGCAUAUGAAGGUCAUCAUGAAAUGGCUCAGUUAUUACUUAAUUAUGGUGCAGAAGUCGAUAGUAGAGAUAUGCUUAAAAUGACACCUUUACACUGGUCCAUUGAAAAAGAACACGCAGAAGUUAUGUUAGUGCUUCUUGAGCACGGAGCAGAUCCAAACAGUAAUAGUAAAUUUAAUAAAACACCGGUCAGCCUUGCUUUGGAACACGAUCGACUAGAUUUAGUGGAUAUGCUCCAGCAGGAACGUGAAGUAAUUAAUGUACAUCAAAAUCAAUUACAGUCAGCUGAAAUUGAAGCUGCUACACAGAAUUUAAUGCAAUUAGAAGCAGAAAGACAAAAAGAAGAACAAGAACGUAUUGAAUUUGAACAGCAACAGCAAAAGCGAAGACUUGCCCAAUUAGCUGCAAAUAAGAAGCAGAGAAUGGUCUUUCAACAAAUUAGGGUUCAACCUAUCAAUGAAGUUGAGCAAGUAAAAGAAGGACUGCAGAGGCUAGACGAUAAAACUGUUCACCACGAAAGAAAAAGACAUAGAGAUGUUACAAAUUUAAUGGGAGUUGAGCAACCGUUAAGAUUGCUGCAGGCUCAUGGCAUCACUAUGAUUCCAGUAGAUAACGAUGCAACUAUCGUCGAAAAUGCUAUGGAAAGUGGGCAAACCGUUGUUCUUACAGAAGCGGGAAAACUUGCAUUAAAUCUUACAAGAUCAAAUCCACUUAACAUAACACCCAUCAAACGUUUGCAAAUGGGUGCCAGAAAAGGAAAUUCAAGAAAAGUUAUUACGAUUAGAGCUGAUCAAAUUCUGGGUCAAAAUCAGCCAACGAUUACACCACGAGGACCAAAUAUCUUGAAAAGAACAGCCAGCGAUGGAAAGAGCACAGGAAAAAUUUUCCUUACAUCAAUUGGAAAUGCAACAACGGGAAUCCCGACGCUUGCCUCCACAAAAACAACUAUUUCCCCAAUGAAGAAACCUUUAAUAACGCCAAAAACGGAACCUAUACUUUUACAUCUAGACGACAAAAUUGAAAUAUUUGAGGAAGAUAAUAACAAAACGCCGAUUAUGGACGUUGCAGAAUUAAAUAGAAAGUUGGCGGAAGCUCGAAGAGAAGCCGACGAGUAUCGAAGACAAUUACAAAAAAAAGAAGAGGAAGCUGAAAUUUACAAGCAACAAUUGAAGAAUAUAGCAGCUCAAAAGACUAUGAUGAAGUGAUUUAAUAGUGCCUCUUCAUUCAAAAGACUAACAAUUUUUGAACUCUUAAUAGAGUUAUUAAUGUUCCAAGACAUUCAAAUUUAGUUUUUAACUUUUUUUACGAAUUUGUGGAACAUAAUCAAGAGUCAAAUGGUGUGUUUUCCUAUGGUGUCUGUCAAAAAUAAGAAAAGUUGCAUUUUUUUUACAAAUAUUUAUCAU